AUGAUCUUUAAUUCAAUUAUUUCUCUUUCAAGUGCUGGAUCUUCAAUUAAAUCAAGUUUGGCAUCAGGUUCAAUCUCUGAUACUUACAGUGAUAAUGGUGUUUCUUCAUGGGGUAAAAAAGAACCAAGCCACCGGGGAAAAUCAAAACAACAUCACUCAGAUCCACACAAAAAACAUUGGGGUCAUUAA